UUUCUUUUUGUUUAUUUUUAAACUAAUUUUCCCUAUUCUUCUUACAAAAUAUAAUGGUUGUCCAAGUUGGUAUUAACGGUUUCGGUCGUAUUGGUCGUAUUGUCCUUCGUGCUUCUAUUGAAAACCCUGAAGUCCAAGUUGUUUCCAUCAACGAUCCUUUCAUUGAAUUGGACUACAUGGUCUACAUGUUCAAGUAUGACUCCACUCACGGUCAAUUCAAGGGUACUGUUGAAGCCAAGGAUGGUAAGCUCGUUGUCAAUGGCAAGCCUAUCACUGUCCACGCUGAACGUGAUCCUUCUCAAAUUCCUUGGGGUAAGGAUGGUGCCACUCACGUUGUUGAAUCCACUGGUGUCUUCACUACUAUCGAAAAGGCUAAGGCUCAUAUUGCUGGUGGUGCCAAGAAGGUUAUCAUCUCUGCUCCCUCUGCUGAUGCUCCCAUGUUUGUCUGUGGUGUGAAUCUCGAUGCUUACAAGCCUGAAUACGAUAUUAUCUCCAAUGCCUCUUGCACUACCAACUGUUUGGCUCCUCUUGCUAAGGUUGUUGAUGAUAACUUUGGUAUUGUUGAAGGUUUGAUGACUACUGUCCACGCUACCACUGCUACUCAAAAGACUGUUGAUGGUCCCUCUGGCAAGGACUGGCGUGCUGGUCGUGGUGCUGGUGCUAACAUUAUCCCUGCUAGCACUGGUGCUGCCAAGGCUGUCGGUAAGGUUAUCCCUCACUUGAAUGGCAAGUUGACUGGUAUGUCUUUCCGUGUUCCCAACCCUGAUGUUUCCGUUGUUGAUUUGACUGUUCGUAUUGAAAAGCCUGCUUCCUAUGACGACAUCAAGGCUGCUAUCAAGAAGGCCUCUGAAAACGAACUCAAGGGUAUCUUGGGUUAUACUGAAGAUGAAGUUGUCUCUACUGACUUCAUUGGUGAUUCUCGCUCUUCCAUCUUCGACGCUAAGGCUGGUAUCUCUUUGAACCCCAACUUUGUCAAGCUUGUCUCUUGGUAUGACAACGAAUUCGGUUACUCUACCCGUGUCGUUGAUCUCCUCGUCUACAUUGCUGGCAAGAACUAAAUUGAAUAGUAUAGUCACCCCCUGUUGUAUAUGAAAUGAAUCUACUUUACUCUUUUUAUCUUGUACAUUUUUGAUCCCCAUUAUGAAAAAAAAAACCAUUAGAUUAUUCCUUCACCUAUGUGUUUUUCUAUGAAAAAAGUGAAUAAAGCUUUUUUGUCUCCUA